AUGCAGUGCAUUAAAUCUGUCAGAUACCAGGCCAUCCUCAAUGGUGAGCUUACUGAAAGAUUCUCUCCUAGUGUUGGGAUCAGACAAGGUGACCCCCUCGCCCCCUACAUCUUUGUUCUGUGCAUGGAAAAACUUUCCCACAUUAUCAAUGAUCAUGUUUCCUCUGGAACCUGGAAGUCUGUUAAGGUUGCCAGAAAUGGUCCUGCUAUAUCCCACCUCUUCUUUGCUGAUGACCUUAUUUUAUUUGGGGAAGCCUCUAUCCACCAAGCUAAGCUUAUGAAGCAUUGUUUGGAUUUAUUUUGUGGUGCCUCGGGUCAGCAAGUUAAUUUUGUUAAAUCCAGAAUUUGUUGCUCUCCUAAUACUUAUGCUGUGAUUGUUGACAAAGUGCAGUGUAGAUUGGCUUCCUGGGAGAGUCACACCUUAUCUAUGGCAAGUAGAUUAACUUACUUGCAUGAUGUUACCUCAGCUAUUCCAAUUUAUACUAUGCAAACUGUUGAUCUUCCCAUGUCUACUUGCAACCAGCUUGAUAAGCUUAACAGGAAUUUUUUGUGGGGUUAUACUGAGCUGUGGUGGUCUAGGCGUAAAAAGACCCAUUGUAUGAACCAGGCUUUACUUGCCAAGACUGGUUGGAAAAUUGUCCAAAAGGAUCAAGGCCUUUGGUCUCAAGUUCUUAAUGGGCUUAAAUGGAGAGUUGGUAAUGGUGACAAUAUCUUAUUUUGGAAAGAUAAUUGGGCAGGUUGUGGGCCUCUUGAGAAUUUCGCCACUAUCUCUCUUUCUGAUGAUUUGCUUGAGUGGACUGUGAGUGAUUUCCUCACGGAGCAAGGUUGGAACACCAAUUGGCUUCUGGGUUGUCUCCCCUUGGAUGUGCUUACCUCCAAUGGUGAAUUUUCAGUGAAAACGGCUUAUCUCUCUUUGUUUACUGAGGAGACUAAUCAUUCUCGGAAUUGGGAUACUAUUUGGAAGCUGCAUGUCCCUCCGAAGAUAAAAACCUUUGUUUGGCUGCUGUUUCAUGGUAAGCUCCUAACCAAUGUCCAACGUGUUAGAAGGAACUUAGCUUCCAAUCCUAAUUGCCCUUGUUGCAACGUUACCACGGAGUCCUUGGACCAUCUUUUUCGCAGGUGUAGUCAUGCGGCUAGAAUGUGGAAUUACAUUGGUAUUCCUAAUCAAAUUGCUCACUCUUUCUCUAUGGAUUUUAAGGACUGGCUUUUCAUUAAUAUUAAGGCUAGUUUCAGCUGCAAGCAAGGUAUCCCUUGGUCCUCUCUGUUCUUGGCCUCCCUGUGGUUUUGUUGGAAAUGGCGAUGUAAGAAAGUGUUUGAUGUCAACUUUUCUCUUCCUCCUUGGCCUCACAUUCCAAUCAUUCAAUUUACUAGGGAGUGGCUGGUGGCUAACUAUUCCAGGAAUUAUAAGACUUCCAAACAAAUUCUUAAGUUACAUUGGUCUCCUCCUUGUGCUAGCUGUUUUAAAAUUAAUGUGGAUGGCAGUUGUAUGGGUGAGAUGGGAUCUAUUAGUGCUAGAGGCAUCAUAAGGGACUCUACAGGUGGAUGGAUCAAGGGUUUUGUUACUAAUUUGGGGUGUGGUAAAAUCCUUGAAGCUGAAUUAUGGGGUGUCUUCAGAGGUUUACUCCUUACGUGGAACGAAUGUAUCACAAUUUAUAUGAACAUUUCUAAGUUGGGAAUGGACCAACUUGAAAUAUUCAGAAAACCCAGAUGGGAAGGUACCUAA